GUCCCACAUGGACAGACCGACCUGCCGAAUGCGGAGAGCCACGAGGCGCUACGGCAUGUUCGUUUCUCUCGCGAAGUUCACACCCGCGACCAGCAGACCGACAAUAUCCUCUACCACAUCGACUUCGACGAACAGGAGCCCUUACUCCAGCACCUUCGACGACUUCAGGCUCCCAGGCUUACCUUCGACUUCACCGACCGUUGCCACAACGAGGUAUCAGACUACAUGGUGCGAACAUUUCCAUACCGACAGCUUCCACGAGAUUCUCGCCUGUAUUUAUACACCGACGGCUCCAAACACCCACGCCAACAUGGUCAAGACGGAUGGUCGGUUGUACUCGUCGGAGAAGACGAAGAAGGUUUCUCUUUUCAAGGCGCAAUAGUCGGCAAGCACCGCGACUCCACCCUCGUAGAGAUCCAAAACCUCACGGACAACGAGACCACCUCGACAUCCAGCGAGAUCACAGCGCUCAUCUGGGCGUUCGCCUACAUCAUCCACAAGGACAUCCACCACAGCAUUUCGGUCCACUCCGACUCGCUGGGAGCGAUCCAACUGGCCAGGAUGGAGGCUUUUACUAACCGCGACGCCCACCUUGUGCAGCUACUGGUGAUCAUGUACUCGCACGUCAAGGAAUAUGUCGACCUGCGUCACGUUCAUGCCCACGAGAUGAACCCGUGGAACGAAGUUGCCGACGCCGCGGCCAACUACGCCCGAAUCGAGGACUACCCGCACCCACAACCCGAAUGGGCCGACAUACUCAACGCGUCCCCUCAGCGCAGCUGGGAAUUCCUACUUGAUGCCGACAACCACACCAAGGACGCUUACCCAUCCUUUUCACCUGGGAUGCUCAAGGCCCAACGCAUCGAUACCACGGCAACGACAGCUCACCUUUCGACGCCAGCCAAGACCACGAAGACCUCGACCGAGAUAGACGUCAACAUCGCCACCUACAACAUCCAGUCAGGGCGCGAACCUGGCCUCGGCGCUCGACGGCGCAAAGAGAAGAUCCACAAGCUCAGAAAGACUAUGCUCAACCUGUACAUGGAGGACCUCCACCUGAUCGGCAUCCAGGAAGCCCGCACGCCCUGGGGAGUUCGCAGUGGCAACGACAUCACCAGCACGAGUGCGUACGCCUACCACGUCAUCUCAGGGGGCCACGACCAGUACAACCUCGGCUGCGAGCUCCACAUACUCACCAGCAAGCCGUACGGAAAGGCAGGAGCCAAGGACCUCUACUUCCGCCCCGAUCAGUUCACUGUCAUCGAGCACAGCCCUCGGCACCUCAUAGUAAGGAUCGAAGCCCCAGGCUUUCGACACACAGUCUGCGUCGCCCAUGCACCACAUUCACGAGCCACGCCACACGAGAAGGAUACCUUCUGGGAGAUGAUCGAGUGCGCAACCUCUAACCACAAUAUCAACAUCUUCUUCAUCGACGCAAACGCUCGAACGGGCAGCUUAUGCAGCCAGGCAAUCGGCGAUCAAGGCUUCAAGCAAAAGGAGGACGACAACGGCGAACGCUUCCACAAGGUCCUGCAAGGUAACUCUCUCAUCGCCGCGAAUACCUUCAAAAGCGGUGGCCAGGACCACUACACCUGGGACUCAGGCAAGGACGUGCACAGACUGGACUACAUAGUGGUUGGCCACGAGCUCUUCGACUCCAUCUCCUACACGUCCGUAAUGUACGGCAUCGACACAGUAGACGACCACUCACACAAGAACGACCACUUCCCUGUCAAGGCCAACCUCGCCUACACCGUCGAGACCGCCUACCAACACGGCACGCCCAAGCUCGACAUCGCUAAGCUCGACUCCGAGACAGCCAAGAACGACUUUCAACGACGCCUGCAGCAGAUCCAACACCCUCCCUGGGAGACCAACCUCAACGACCAUACUAAGAGCAUCGUCGAUCAGAUAAAGGACGCAGCCUACGCCAGCUUCAAGAAGCAGCAUCAUGCCCCCCGCAAGCCCUACAUUACCGAGGCCUCCUACGCGCUUCUUCGAUUCCGACGCACCCUCCUCAAGACGAUCCGCAUAGUGAAAAGGAAUGGCAUUGGCUCCAAGAAAUCACGCAGACGGAUCCGAUACACCGCGCACCUCAUCGCAAACCAGUCGGCUUCAGCGUCCCCUGACGACGUCAUCCACCUCCUGGACAUCCCUGGAUACACCAAGUUGAUGAUCAAGACCAUCCUCUUCAUCAACCACGCGGACCCCGACCAUGCCACGGCUCCACACCACGACAGCACCUCCUGCACAACCACCUUCACUACUGAUCUUUUCGACUCAUACAUGAGCUUCAUCCAAGAUACCGACCGCGCUCUCAGAAACCGCCUCGACCACGACCGCGACGCCCACCUCGAGCGCUUCUCCGACAACGUGAUAUUAUCAGCAGCAGGGAAUGCCCCUCGGCAGGAAUGGGCAAGCGUGAGAGCCUUACUCACAUACGGCGGCCGUACACCUAAGAGAACUCCGACUCCCAAAAUACGCCAAGACGAUGACGGCGCUCCACUCACGACGCCACAAGCCAUCGCGGAGCACGCCCUUCGAUACUACGGCAACAUCGAGAACGGCAUCAACACCGACAUCGAAGGCGUCGUCAAGUACUACAACAACAAGACUGCGCACACUAAGCCGAUCCCCCACAUCGACAACGUCCAGACCAUCCACAACCUGACAUCCGCCCUGGCAGCCGCCAAGAAAGGCAGACGCGGCGGGCCCGACGGGAACACCGACGACAUGGCACGAGCAGCGCCGCGCCAGAUGGCCCGACUUCUGCACCCCAUCAUGAUGAAGAUGCAGCUGAUGACGACGGAGCCCAUUUCGGCGAAGGGCGGCUUCUCCACCCAUUUCUCCAAAGGACAAGGACAGCUUCAUCUGCAGAAAGCCUACAGGGGCAUCCUCCUGAACAACACUAUUGGCAAGAUCAACAGCAAGUUCCUGAGAGGCCUCUUCCGCGACAUCUUACCCGACCUGCUUAUGGACACACAAUGCGGCGCCGUCCCUCACAAGGCGACUGACUUCAUCACUCACACCGCCUACACCUUCUUAGACGACUGCCGUACGCAGGCUCGCACGGGCAGCAUCCUCUUCCUGGACUUGAAAGAAGCCUUCCAUUCGGUAAUCAGGGAGUUCAUUUUCCAGCUGCCGACUCAGGAGGACGAGCUCGAAGACGUCAUCGACAACAUCGAGAUUCCCAUCUGCCUUCUUCCCUCUCUACGACAACGCCUUCGCUGUCCAGCACAUCUCAACGCCCACGUCGACGACUCUCACCUCUGCGCCCUCGUUGCCGACCACCACACGGCCAACUGGAUGACCGCUAAGGGCACCGACGCAUACGUGAUCCCUCGCACUAGUACCAGGCCAGGGGUGCCAUACUCCGACGCGGCUUUCAACAUGCACUUCUCCCUAGUGCUUCAGGCCAUCGCCGACGACACCGAUGGGCAGAAGACGCUGACCAACAUGUCCUUCGUCGAUGACCUCACCGACUUCAACUCGACCACCCGCCACUCCGACAUCAUUGACAUUACGAGAACUUCAGCCGAACGACUAUGCCGUACAGCAUUCACCUACGGGCUCAAGCCACACCCAGACAAGACCAAGGUCAUCCUCUCCUUUAACGGGACGGGAUCCAACGUCGCACGCAGUAGGCUUGCACAGCAGAACAUUACAUCAAUCCAGCUGAGCAUCAUGUCGAUCUCGGUCCAGAUCACAGACCAGCACCGACUCUUAGGCACCAUCCUCACCAGCGGCAGCAUGGGCCCCGAGGUGCAGAAUCGCAUGCGACGAACCGACGCUUCGGCACGAGCUCUUGAGAGGCAAAUCCUACGACGUCGACGCCUACCCCGCAAAACAAAGAUCAAGUACGUGCACGCCCUCUCGACUGCCUCAUUAACCUUCAACCACCACGUCUGGCCAGCACUGACCCAGACUGACCACCAGCGCAUCUCCAAUGCCUACUCGAAGCCCUAUCGCACGGCAGCUGGAAUACCCAAAGCUAACUCGCAGCUUCAUCAUUUCACGGCCACCGAAGUAGUAGCCUACACUGGCAUCCCCGACUUCGACCACCACCAGUCUGCUGGAAGGCUGCGAUACUUACCACGGCUUCUACGAUACGCUCCUCAGCAGCUCCUCCAACUGCUUGACAACCAGCGACGGAGAAAGGGCUCAUGGACAUACAUGCUUUUCCAGGACUUCGACUUCCUGCGCACAUACCUGGACGACCAGCGCUGGCCCACGACCAGCAAGCUCGACUCCGACGUUUUUGCAUGGGCACGCGCCACGCCGAAGCACUUCAGCAACUCCGUCAACCUGGCUGUCACAAACUACAUCCGCGCAUCCAAAGACCGCGCCCACGCCGACAAGCUGACCAAGGUGCUCAGACCCGACGGUCCCAUUGGUGCGGACCCCACGCCAUCACGCGACAACGGCGCCAGCAACUUCAUCUGCUACGAGUGUGGAAUCGUUACCAAGACCAAGCAGGGCAUGGCAAUACAUAUCG